CGCACAUACAUCGUCAUCGUAUUUACACUCAUUGCCUCAUCUGAUUUUUCAAACGAAACGUACGCUCUAAUGGAAACCACUGCAAAACAAUUCAUUGAAAAAUAUGAAUAUGUGAACUAUUACGUCAUUGCCUACGUUGAUGGGGUGUUGAAAAUGGUCGAUUUCAGUUUCGGUGCAAACGAGUCUAAUGCUGCCGCUAGGCCCGCCCGACGAGCCGUGGGUGCGUCGGAACCUUUGAUCAAGGUUCUAGAAGAAGCUCUCGUUGCCUUCCAAAAUACCGCUUUGGGCGAAUCCAACAAUCGGAAGGCCUUAGUUGUUAUGACAGACAUAAGUUCUUCUGCCGAUAAGAACAGCCUUGAAAAGGCA